GUUCUCCAGAGCCACCACUUUCUAUACACCCUCCUUGGUCCCAGCCUGACCCGCGACCCUUCUGUCAUGGCACCCCAACCUGGCGUGUACUAUGGACCGGAUGAGGACGACAACACGAAGUGGCUCGAGAGAUAUUUCCUCGCCGGAGACUUCGUGACUGGUACUGGUUUUGGCGUUCAGGUCGUUCUGUGGUCGACGUGCGUGACGUACUUGUGGAAAGAGAGGCGGAGGAGCUGGAAGACACUCUUCCUCAUCGGCUAUCUGUGCCUCCUGCUUGCGGUGCAGUUCAUUUUCUGCAUUGUACAGGCGCGCACAGUUCAGGUCGUCUACGUCGAGAACCGCAAUUAUCCUGGAGGUCCUUGGCAAUACUUCCUGGACACGCAGUUCCUCGCUAUCAAUGUCAUCUUUGACGCGACCUUGUUUAUCGGGACGUUCCUGUGCGACCUCCUUGUGCUUUGGCGCUGUCAUAUUAUCUGGGCCGCUUCUGGUCGCGGACUGGCAUACGCCGUAAUCUCGCUCCCCGCCAUCAUUCUCGUCGCAUCGUUCGUCCUGGGCACGCUCUGGACACUCCAGGCCAGCCAUCCCGGUCUCUCGUUGUACAGCAAGGAGCCCCUCGCGUUCGGCACCGCCUAUUUUACCUUGUCCUUGAGCGUGAACAUCAUCCUAACGGCCCUCAUUCUCGUGCGGCUCCUGAUGUAUCGCCGCACGCAUCUCGCACAUCUCCCACCUGGGCAUGCGAAACACUACCUUUCCCUGGCAAAUCUCAUCGUGGAGUCUGCGGCGCUUUACUCCGUCUUCGCGAUUAUGUUCCUUGUCUCCUAUGCGUUGAACAAGCCCAUCAACCAGAUUUGGUUGGGUACCGCACAGUCCGCUCAGCAAGUCGCGUCGUACCUCAUAAUCUACAGAGUGAUUAACGGAACCGCGUGGACCAAGGAGGCAAUGGAGACUCAAACGCUUAACACGGUCGAGCUUCGCGCGACGAGUUCAUCGAGGCCGCGAAAAUCGACAGGAACGUCGGACGUCCAGUUGACGACCGAUUUCACCGUGUCGCAGGACUUUGCACAGAAAGACGAAGGCGGUGAAUAAGCGCAUCUAAUUCUAUCACGACAUUAGAGACGACGUAUACCUCCGGACUGGCUCAAGCUCGUAGCGCAUGAGUCUGCCUCCUUGCAUACCACCAAUUCCUGUAUGACCUAGCAAGCACCCUUGUACUGAUAGCUGAUUUGUGUUCACUUUCUGGACAAACCUCGC